AUGGCGCGACCUAAUAACCACAAGGCCUUCCGCGUGGCCUUCAGCUUUGCGUUACCAGUCGAGAGUAAUGCUUGCGAGUGCAUGUUUGACGAGGUGUGGGAGGAUAUCCCCAAUCCGCCAGGUGAUGACCACAGAAAUAGGUACACAUUUGGGCGCAUUGGGGAUCUCCCAGUGGUUUUAGCGUACGGCGGGGGCAUGGGGAAGACUAGGGCGGCGACCGUGGCCACAUCCCUUGCCCUAAACUUCCCCGAUAUCGAAGUGGGUUUCCUAGUCGGCAUUUGUGCAGCCGUUCCCAUCAUCCGUAAAGGCAGUGAAAUCUUCCUCGGCGACGUUGUCGUCAGCACCGGUGUCAUACAAUAUGACCUGGUACGUCAAUACCAGGACAUGGAGAUCACGAAAGACGGCUUGAACGAGAGACUGGCCUGCUACCGUCCGUCAAUGCAGAAGUUUAUCCACCAAGCACAGGGCCAGUGGGCGCUCCACAAGCUGCUUGAAGAGACUGCUGCCAAAACCGCUACCCUCGGGACCGAGAAACAUGGUAAGUAUAAACCGCCAGGGCCAGAGUUUGAUGUUGUCUUCGAUCCAAAAUACCUUCACUGUCACCAUGCUCCAACCGGCUGCGAAAUCUGCGACCCAAAGAACGACGUAGUGUGUGACUUCUCACGGACGGCAUCGUGCCAGCACCUGAAUUGUGAUACCAAGGAAAACCAACGUCUGCGCCCGGGCACCUCUGUUGCCAAUCCCCAGAUUCAUUUUGGAGUUUUCGGGUCUGGGGAUCGUGUCCAGAAAUCUGGGGCACAUCGGGACGACAUUGGCGAAAAGCAUCCGGACAUCGUGGCAUUUGAGAUGGAAGGGGCAGGGGUGUGGGAGACGAUACCCACGAUAAUAGUUAAAGCCGCGUGUGACUAUGGUGAUAGUCACAGGGAGAAGAGGUGGCACCCGUAUGCGGCCUUCACAGCUGCUUCGUGUGCAAGGGCCCUGAUAUUGCUGUGGGGAAAGCGCGAUGAUUUGCCCUCUCCUGAAAGCGAUGGUACCCCAGUCGCGACCGAUGACAGGUUCUUGUGGAACCAGUACGCUGGUACCUUCAGGAACCACAACUCGCCGGUGGCGAAUCAGGCAUUCAAUCAGAAUAUCAGCGGCGGCUUCACCAUUCCCUUCAAUUUCGGCGCCCCCCAAGGACCCGGCGAGCGGUGA